AUUUCUUGCUUGCAAAAUUUUGCAUUGGACUUGGACAAAAAAGUGUUGGAUGUUGAAUGUUGAAUUAUUUGUGUGCAUUAAAAUUAAGUUUAUACUUUUGUAAGAUUAGUUGCAAAUAUAAGCCGAACCAUGUCCGAGAAUAGAGAAGAGAUUUUAGCUGAUUUCCAGGCCUGUACGGGUGUCGAAGACGUCGCUGAAGCUAUUAUGCACUUGGAAGAGACUAAUUGGGACUUAUUGAGGGCCGUGAGCAGAAUUAUGCCGCCAGAUACCCAAUCAUUCCAUGCCCGCCAAGACCCCGACGUCAUGAUAGUUGAAAACGAUUCUGAUAUACCCACACCGAAUUUCAAAGCGACGUCAGCGGAGGGCGCCAAGGAUUCAUCAAGCAACAACAUCGGCCAUCCUCCAGCGAAAAAACGUGAAUUCUCAUCAUUAAAUUCGCAAGACAACUUUGCCACAGCUUCAACGUCUAGUGGACCUUCAGGGGCGUCUAGCGGACCUUCGGGAGCAUCUACUGGGCCUUCAGGAGCAUCCACUGGUCCGAAACUAUUGAAUUUCAAUAUAAAGUAUUGCGAUAGGGAAUUGAAAUUUAGACUUCCAGACACAGCUAGUUUAAAUGAUUUGAAGCUGAGAAUACAAACAGCCGUCAGUGUAGCAGCUUGCAGGCAGUCCCUGUCGAGUUGGGCUAGAAUGCAAAAUUACGAAAAAACUCCUUUCUCACAGUUGAUGUUGCCCACAGAAAAUGAUUUAGUUCUUACAGUCAAACCACAUCCUGAUGGCAUGACAGCGGAUGAAGAAAGUGAAGUCACUCAAAAACUUAACGGCACCUAUACACUACACGUAAAAUACGACAACAAAAUUUACGAUUUAAAAUAUCAAGGAAUCAAAACAAUUCUGCAAGUGAAAACGGAUGUGUAUACUUUAACCAGUAUACCUGCUAGACAUCAGAUCUGGAGCGGCUGGCCGCCAAAUAUAGAUGACAAUACAAUGCUGGCAUUGUCUGGUAUCACAUACCCUGAACACGAAGUAACGGUGCGUAAAAACCUACAGAUAAAAGAAAAAGAAAAACGUUCUAUGCCAGAAAUCGUGCAAGUGGAGAGUGACGAUGAUGAAUUUGAGGAUGCAGCUGAUAGUUUCAAUGUUGAUGAUGAAUAUUUUGUGGAUAAUGAUAAUUCAGCCAGAAAACAGGAGCCUUUAAUUCCGGAAAACGUCGAAGACGAACUUGUUGGCACUGUAACGUUCAAUGAAAGAUUUACUACUAGAUAUGGGCCGAUUCAUCCCAUGUUUUUUCAAGGUACUCUAGAAGAUGCUCUCAAGGAAGCUUGCAAUAAACCUGCCAAAGAUAGAAAAAUCCUAGCCUUAUACUUACACCAUGACGCCAGUGUCCUUACUAACGUUUUUUGUACGCAACUGCUAGGUUUUGAGAGCAUAAUGCAAAUCAUAGAAAAAAAUUUCAUUCUCUGGGGCUGGGACAUUACUUUUGAAAGCAAUCGGCAAAAAUUCCAUGCAGCUUUGGCAAAUUGCGUGGGUCCAGCUGCUCCAUUCAGUUUACGAAAUAUACCAGUAGAUAGACUUCCCGCUCUAGUUCUUAUUAUGAAAAUUCGAUCUGCGACUGAAAUUUUUAAUGUCGUUAAUGGUAAUGUAGGUGUCAACGAAUUAUUAUCCACCCUAAUCGAAUGUGUGGAAGUAUAUAGUGAGCAUCAAAGUGUUGAAGUGAAAGAAGAAGCAGAAAGGGCAGAAAGGGAGUUUGUCAAGUGGGAACAAGAUGAGGCAUACAAGGCAAGUUUAGAAGCAGAUAGAAAAAAAGAGGAAACACGACUAAAACUAGAAAGAGAGGAAAAAGAAACUAAAACCAGGAUAGCGAAUCAAGUAGCGGAAUCGGCAGCCAAGAGAGAAGCGCACAGACAAGAAGUGGAAAGUAGGUUACCACAAGAGCCUCCUUUGGGUAAAGGAGAACAGACUAAAAUUAGAUUUAGGUUACCGAAAGGAGAAAAUGUUGAGCGAAGAUUUACUGCAGAAACCCCAUUAAGUGUUUUGCUAGAUUUUCUUAUUGUAAAAGGAUACCCAACUGAUGAAUAUAAGGUUAUCUCAAGUUGGCCUCGAAGAGAUUUGACUUCACUCGAUACACGACAAACACUCAAAGAAUUAAAGCUGUGUCCACAAGAAACUGUGAUAUUAGAGGAACGUUAAUUAUUUUUUUUUGGCUUUGUAAUUUUUUUCAAUCAACAAAACCGAAAAGGAGAAAUUUUUCUAUAGCAGCAUUUAAUUCUCUUCUUUACAAAUGUAUAGUUAGUUUAAUAAAUUUUGAUUUAAUUAGUAGUAUUACUCAAUUUAAUUAAGGUAAUCUUUAAGUAUACUCGUAUUAUUUGAUGUAUGGAGUGUUUUAUUUAAAUUUCCCCAGUAAUAAAAUUUUUGAAAUAUCAAAUA